CGUCAGUAGCUGCCCGGACACGAGCCCGCGCGAGACUCGGUUCGACUCGAAAACGGAACGGAUACGGAUACCCAGCCAUACAGCAUUCUGUACAUCGGGUAUUAUAAUGCAGAGCCAGGCGAAUCUUAACUGGGGCAUUGCGGCGGCGGGCAGGAUAACGCAGGAUUUCGUCACCGCCCUGGGAACCGUGGAGAAAUCCCGCCAUGUGGUGGUGGCCGUGGCCGAUGUGGAUGGCCAGCGAGCUCAGGAGUUCGCCCAGAGGAAUCAGAUUCCCAGGCAUUACGAUGGAUUCGAUGCCUUGGGCUUGGAUCGCGAGGUGGAUGUGGUAUAUGUGGGCACGCUGAAUCCAUUCCACUACGCUGUCGUCCAUCUGAUGUUGGCCAGGGGUAAAAACGUGCUGUGCGAGACGCCGAUGUGUCUGGAAUUGGAACAGGCCAAGGAGUUGUAUGCUCUGGCCGAACAGCGGGGAGUGUUCCUUAUGGAGGGCAUGUGGUCGCGUUGUUUUCCCAGCUACGAUCGCUUGAGGGAGUUUCUGAAUAACGAUGUCAUCGGCGAGGUGACCCAGGUGAAAAUACAGCAUGGUUUCCGCUUGGCCCACAUGGAACGGUUGUGCAGUCGAUCUCUGGGUGGCUCCAUCCUUAUGGACAUUGGCAUCUACGCCCUGCAGCUGGGACAGUUCAUUUACGGUGUGUCUCCAGUCAAAGUCCUGCCCAGUGGAACGCAACUCAACAAAGAUCGCGUGGACGUGCAGGGUGAGUUUAUGCUGGACUACGGAGAUGGUCGGAGAUUGGUGGCUCUGGUGACGGGUCUGGAGAAUCUAGAAAACGAUGCCGUCAUCACGGGAACCAAAGGCGAGAUUAAGCUGUCCAAUUACUGGUGCUGCACACAAUUGAGCCGCUCCAAUGGUCCUCCUGAAUCCUGGCCUUUGCCACAGGCCAAGUUUGAUUUCCACUACACAAACACGUGUGGACUGAGAUAUGAGGCGGAGGAAGUGCGUCGCUGCAUAGAGAAACGCCUGCUCGAGAGUCCGAAAUUCACGCAUGCCGAAAGUCUGGAACUAAUAGCCAUUACCGAUGAGAUACGGCGACAAAUCGGGGUCACCUUUGAUGUCUGAGCUGUGGGGAAAGUCUCUGUUAUAAUACAAAUGAUGAAAAUAAGCUCGCGUUAACUGAGGCUGCUUCUAAAAAAUAAAUUAACCUCGCGGUCUUAACUCAAUUUGAAAAGUGUUUUAGAGCCGUCACUCAAAAAUAAAGUAAGGCAGCGCGGCCCCAUUUCAUUUUAUAAUUGGAAA